UUUCGAUUGAGGGAAAGCGAUCUUCGUAGGCGACGCCUUUAAGUGCAGUGAAAAGUAAAACUGAGCAGCCUAGUUACAAUUCUAGUGCAAUCUAGCCUGGUUAAAAGUAGUUUCAAAUACAGCGUGCAUAGAAAACAAUGUCUUACAGAGAGCUCAGAAAUUUCACGGAGAUGACCAGGGCGCUUGGCUACCCAAGGUUGAUUUCGUUGGAAAAUUUUCGGACGCCAAACUUCCCCCUUGUAGCUGAAAUUCUGCGCUGGCUCAUCAGCAGGUAUGACCCCGACAUCGAAGUACCACCCGACAUUGACACGGAGCAGGACAGGGUGGUGUUCAUCAAAUCUAUCGCCCAUACAAUGGCCACAAAAGCACACCUAAAACUGAACACCCGCAAGCUCUACAUGGCAGACGGCUAUGCCGUGAAGGAGCUAUUAAAGAUCACUGCUCUGUUGUACGAUGCCAUGAGGGCCAAGUCCGGGGAUGAGGAGUUGGAUGGUGGUGAUCAGACGGUUGCUGUACCUUACCAAAACUAUGAUGCAGCGUCCAAGUUUUCUGACCUCAAGAUGACACGCCAGCUGGCCUCCGAAAUAACACAGCAGGGAGCUGUGCUCUAUGACCGGCUCGCCAAGGAAGCAGAAUUGAAGGAAAUCCGAACUGCCACUCUGUCCAAGCAGCUGGAAAUAACGGACAUUGAAAAGUGCCUUCAGGAUGCCAUCAAGGCCGUAGUCGAGCAAACAAGUGAGCUCCAGCGUCGGAUCGAAUCCGUGGCAUCCGAUGAAGCCAACCUCGAAGCCAAAAUUGAGAAGAAGAAAGCCGAACUAGAGCGAAACCAGAAGAGGCUCGCCACACUCCGGGCAGUCAGACCUGCAUUUAUGGAUGAGUACGAGAGAAUCGAGGAGGAAUUGUCCCAAGUCUAUGCGGCGUACAUAGUCAAGAUACGAUGCCUGGCCUACCUGGAGGAGCAACUCGAGGAGCUCGAAAAAGCUCAGAAGAUGGAGUUUGCCGUACAUGAACAGAGGAUGAAAACAGCAGCACGGCAGGGUGACCACAGUUUGGCCAACAAGCCAGAGUAUGGUGAGACUUUAGGACUGGGUGCCACAGAUUCCGAAAGCCAAGCUGCGGCUGGAAGACUGCUGUUUGGGUCCAUGGCAGGUGGUGACAAGGUGCUUGACUCGGACUCCGACCUUGACCUUGAAGGUGAGGAUGAAGGGUCUGACGGCUCCUCGGACGACGACCUCGAGCUGGACCUUGAAGCCAUGGGCGGGAUCAAGCCUCCCAACAGGCGUUCCCAGUCGCAGUUCAUUGACAGCGACAACGACUUUUGAUGUGCUCGUGAUACAAUUAAAUUCCAGCGACAUUUGCGUUACACAGGUCCACUACGUGCUAGCCAUAUAUCAUGACCAAUUACCUAGUCCAAACAAAAAUUUAAAGGAUAGGUGUACAAAAGUGCAUGGUGAUUAAUUACAAGACGGCAAAGACUUUUUACAGUAAACAUGUUAACAAUGUGACAGUGUGUUGAGCCAUCUUGAUGCGGAGAAAUUCAAGAUUAAGGUUGUGUAUUGGACUGAACCUUGCAGGCAUUGUGCAUGCCUGUCUCAAUCACUCUCAUGGCCUGCACAUGCACAGAGCUAUAAGUGAUCGCUUUUGUACUACAUGUGCUUCUUUUCUUGACACCAUAACCAAUGCUGGUUCAGUGCCCUAACCACCCUCUAUACUGCAGCACCUCUUGUAGCUUGGAUGUCGCCUCAGGACGUUAAACUACAUCAAUAAGUCAACACCUAAACUGCAAACCGAAA